AUGGCGGAAGCCGGCGUCGGCAUGGACGCAGAGCGAGAGGAAGGAGGAGAGAGAGACCUGGAGGAGCCUCUGCUGAAGAGGAGCCCCUCGCUGACGACCAGCCAUCUGGCCAUGGUGGGAUCGAAGGUCUCGCGCAUGGAGAGCCUGGACUACGAGUACAUCCGCUGGCCACCUACCACCUGUUCUCCCCUCUUCUGCGGCGAGCUUAGGGUUUCUCUCUUCCGUCUUCUUCUUCUCCAUCCGAUGCAGGAUCAUCGAGAACGAUCUGUUCCAGCACGACUGGCGGAGCAGAUCCAGGGUGGAGGUCCUGCAGUAUGUCUUCCUCAAGUGGACACUGGCCUUCCUCGUGGGUCUCCUCACCGGCGCCAUCGCCUCCCUCAUCAACCUCGCCGUCGAGAACAUCGCCGGCGCGAAGAUGAUCGCCGUCACGCGCCUUGUCAACCAGCAGAGGUGGGAACGGCGGGGGCGCCGCCCAUAAUGUUCCCCCCCUCCCCCACGGCGGAGACAAAAUUCUCAUAUCCUCCUCUUGCAGGUACCUCGCCGGAGUGGCCUACCUGACCGGCAUCAACCUGGCCCUGACGGCCAUCGCCGCCGUGCUCUGCGUGGGGAUCGCUCCCACUGCCGCCGGCCCCGGCAUCCCCGAGAUCAAAGCUUACCUUAAUGGCGUCGACACCCCCAACAUGUACGGCGCGUCGACGCUCUUCGUCAAGGUAAGGCCUCCCCCUUCCAUGGCGGAGAUGGUCUUCCUUUCCCUGACGAUCUUCUUCCUCCUCCAUGGUGGUGGUGAUGCUGCAGAUCGUCGGAAGCAUCGGGGCGGUGGCGGCGGGGCUGGACCUGGGGAAGGAAGGCCCGCUGGUUCAUAUCGGCACCUGCAUCGCCGCUCUGCUGGGGCAAGGCGGCGGCGGCGCCGCCGGGGGGCGGCGGAGGUGGAGGUGGCUCCGGUACAUCGACAACGAUAGGGACCGGCGGGACCUCAUCACACUGGGGGCCUCCUCCGGCGUCUGCGCUGCCUUCCGGGCGCCGGUCGGUGGCGUCCUCUUCGCCCUCGAGGAGGUCGCCACCUGGUGGCGCAGCGCCCUCCUGUGGCGGACUUUCUUCAGCACCGCCGUGGUGGUGGUGGUACUCAGGGGCUUCACCGAGCUCUGCGACUCCGGCAGCUGCGGCCUCUUCGGCCGCGGCGGCCUCAUCCUUUUCGACGUCGGCGACGUCCAGGUCACCUACCACGCCGCCGAUCUCCUCCCCGUCGCCGCCAUCGGCGUCAUCGGUGGCCUCCUCGGCAGCCUCUACAACUUCCUCCUCCACAAGGUUCUCCGCUUCUACAGCCUCAUCAACGAGUAAGGCCUCUCCCUCUCCGCCAUAUCUUCUUCCUUCAUCGUCUUCUUCAUCUUCUGACGGAGCUGUCUGUGCAGGAAAGGGAGAGCAGCGAAGCUGAUCUUGAGCCUGUCGGUCUCCAUCUUCACCUCUCUGUGCGUCUUCUCGUUGCCAUUUCUGGGGCGGUGCACGCCGUGCGACGCGGGGCUGCCGGCCGGCGUGUGCCCGACGACGAGCCGCACCGGCAAGUUCAAGCAGUUCAACUGCGCCGCCGGGUACUACAACGACCUUGCCAGCCUGCUGCAAUCCACGAACGACGACGCCGUGCGGCACAUAUUCUCCGCCACUGCCGCGCCGGCCGAGUACAGCCCGGCCGCGCUUCUCGUCUUCUUCGCGCUGUACUGCGUGCUGGGGCUGUUCACCUUCGGCAUUGCUGUGCCCUCCGGCCUGUUCCUCCCGAUCAUCCUCAUGGGCUCCGGCUACGGCCGCCUGCUCGGCCUCGCCAUGAAACCCUACACGCAACUGGACCAGGGCCUGUACGCCGUGCUCGGCGCCGCCGCCCUCAUGGCGGGCUCCAUGAGGAUGACCGUCUCGCUCUGCGUCAUCUUCCUCGAGCUCACCAACAACCUGCUGCUGCUGCCCAUCACCAUGAUCGUCCUCCUCAUCGCUAAGACCGUAGGGGACGUGUUCAACCCCAGCAUCUACGAGAUCAUCCUGGAACUCAAGGGGCUGCCAUUUCUGGAGCCCAAUCCAGAGCCAUGGAUGAGGAACCUCACCGUAGGCGAGCUCGCCGCCGCCAAGCCCACCGUCGUCUCCCUCUCCGGCGUCGAGAGGGUGGGCCGCCUCCUGGAGGUGCUCAACUCCACCACCCAUAACGGGUUCCCCGUCGUCGACCACCGGCCCAAGGCGGUGGUGGCGGAGCUUCAUGGGCUGGUGCUGAGGAGCCACAUCAUCGCCGUGCUGCGGAAGAGGUGGUUCCUGGGGGAGAGGAGGAGGACGGAGGAGUGGGAGGCGAGGGAGAGAUUCACCUCCGAGGACCUGGCGGAACGGGGGCGGAGCGUCGGCGAUCUGGAGAUCACGGAGGAGGAGAAAGAGAUGUUUGUGGACCUGCACCCGUUCACCAACAUGACGCCCCACACGGUGGUGGAGACCAUGUCGGUGGCCAAGGCGGUGGUGCUCUUCCGGGAGAUCGGCCUCCGUCACCUGCUGAUCGUGCCCAAGAACCAAGGUCCAGGGGUAAGUCAACAAACCCUCUCUCUUCCCAAAAAUAGAAAGAAAGAAAGGUAGAUAUAGAGAGAGAGGGGGAGAGCGAUAGAUAGAUACGGAGAUAGAUAGAUAGACAGAUAGAGAGAGAGAGAGAGAGAGAGAGAGAGUCCAGCCCAUUGAGAACCAUAAAAUGGACAUCAUUUUAGAGGAAAAAGCAUGGAUAAUUUAGGAGUGGACUAACCAUGGAAUGGAGAUUUUUCCCUCAGGCGUUGAUUGAGCUUUUCAUCACGCAGGUGGCUCCGCUGGUGGGGAUCCUGACGAGGCAGGAUCUGAGGGCUCACAACAUUCUCGGUGCCUUUCCUCACAUUUCGAACAGGAAAGCAAGAAGAAAUAGAGAUAAGGCAAGCUCGUAG